AUGUAUAUACCGUCAGGAAUCGAGAAUGAUGUACAAUACAAUAUAACUGAAAUUGAAGCGAGAAACAUAGAAUACGAUGCACCACGAUCACAAUGGCGUGAAGUUAUGUGUAGUUUCAGGCCUAUAAAUCUAUUACAGGUACUAGGAAUUUGGGCAACGACAGUUAUGUUAAUCAUUAGCACUAUACGUGUGUGGUUAAGAAAAGUUGUUUCUGGUGGUUACUUUGUUGCUAUGGCCAUUGUUGUGGUACCGAUAGUUGUAGAUAUAGUAGUGGUGGCGAUUGUUGUUGCUGUCAAUGUCUUGAUGGCUGUUUCAGAUGUGGUUGCU